GGUGAUGCUAUGAACGUUGAAUGAAAAAAGACGAAAUACGUUUGGUGUUACGAUUUUAUCGUGUGAUUGGAUGAUUUUCUCAAAUCGUGUAAUUGACGCAAUGUGAUCUAUGAUUUAGUCGAGAAUCAUGUUUCUAAAUUAUAUCUGUGCGAUCCAUGUUAUUGAAUAACGGGAUUCGGCUUAGAAGUUAUCGCGUUCUCUCAGAUUGAAUAACUACGGUUUUCAAUCUUACAUGACGACGGAUAUCCGAGAAAAUCUAUCUUUUGUUUAAUUGGUUUCCUAAAGAUCUAUUAAAGUGUGAUGAUGAUAUUAGUUCAGUUAGCAGUUGAUCCAGGAAGGUUACCCUUUAACAAAUGAACAAACGAUAAGGAUAAUUAUUGUGCAUCGUCAAAAGAGAAUCUAUUUCAAUUUUAGACGAGUGUAUAAAUCACGAUACCGCCAUCCCACUCGUUGUUUUCUAGCCAGUGAGCGAUAGUAGAGGAUGAUCCAUCCACGUGGAUUGCCCACAUGAGUCAGGUAUCGUGGUUAAUUGUUCUCGCGUCUCAGUAUACGAAGGAUGUUAGUCCGAUCGAGUAGCGUGUUUGUUCUGCUCCUCAAAAUAUAUACAUUCACACAUUUACUGAUUGCAUUUUUUUUGAUCGUUUUUCAAUACUGAUUCUUUAAAAAAACAUGAAAUUUUCGUGUAAAUUUUUAAUCAAUUAUUUGAAUUGUAAAAGUGAUUUCGAAUCAUUGUAUUUCAUGUUGUAUUUUACGUUUUAAUGCGUGCAUGAAAAUGGUGUUUUUAUGUAAUUUUUUUGUUAUAUAGAUUUAAUUCUGUUUUAUUUUUUUGAUCUGAUAUUUUGGUGAUUAUGUGAAAAUUAUUUUUAGUGAUUAUGUCUAAUUAUAAGUUACAUAUAAGGUUGAUAUUAUGCAUUAUUUAUAAGAAUCCUUAAAUUGAUAUUGUGUAUCCAGUUUUUAAUUGGAAAAAAAUUAAUUAUUCAUAUUGAUAAUAUUUUGAUAAUAUUUUUAUAGAAGAUUCUUUGUUUUUUGGUAUAUCGUUUUUAUUAAUGAUCUAGUUGUAUCAUAAAAUUUUAUCAUUUACCAUCAUUUGUGCAAUUUUUUAAAUAUUUACACAUAGUAAAAUGAUUAUGAGUAUAAAUGAUUAAUUAUAUAAUUAUAUGAUAUGAUACGUGAGUGAUCUUUUUUUAUUUCAUUUAUAAUAAGUUUCAGUGAUUUUCCAGUUUUUUAAAGGAUUAUUAAUAAUUUAAUUGAUUUUGAAGAUUUUUUUGUCUCUCGUAGAUAUUAGUAUUUAUUCAAUUGUUGAAUAAUUCAAUAUACGUACGAAUAUCAUCAUGAUUCGUUCAGGUGCUUUAAAUCAUCCUUGUAAUCUUGUAAAGGAAUUAUUAACUAUUUUUCUAUAAGAAAAAAUUUACAAAAAAAAAGGAUAAAAAAAUAAAAAAUAUAAUUAUAAAAAAGAUAAAAGAGAUUUCGUAAUUGAUAAAAAUUGUGGAAAAUGAUGAAAAUUAUUAUAUAUAUAGAAAGAGGAAGACUAUUAACAUUUUUAAUAGUCAUUUAAGAAACUUUGUUUUAUAACUUUUGGCAUUAAAGUGGCGAAAAUACCCACAUACGUAAAUGAAAAACAUGACAAAAAUUUUUUUCAAAAGAAGAGAAUAGACAGAAACUGUGAAAAAAUAAAUAAAUUAAAUUUAAAAAGAACAACAUUUAUAAAAAAAUAUCUGAUAUUAUUUUGCAAUUAUUUCUGGAUAUUGGAUAUAAAUAAUAAAAAAAAUUAUUUUAAAAGGAUUACAGGAUUGUAUAAUUUUUUUAGGAAGAAAUGUGAAAAUCAAUCAAGAAAUUAUUUUUCACAUAUAUAAAUAUACUAUAUAUUAAUCAUAUAUUAAUUGAAAAAUAGAUCAAGCAUUUAAAAAUCAAGCAAAAACUAUUAUAUUUACAAAUAUUAUAAAAAAUAACAAUUGCAAAAUAAAAAAUUAUGAAUAAAAUUCGAUUGAAAAAUUAUUAGAAAGAAAAAUCAAUCAAAAUUUAUUUUAUUGAAAUUUUCCAUGUCUUUAAAGUAUAAUUGAACAAAUUAAAAUCAAAAUAGAUAUUACCUUGAAGCAAUAAAAAAAUACAUAGACUUUUAUCUUGUUUUUAUCAAACACUUUAAAAAGAAGUGAUAUAUUCGCAAGAUAAGUAUAAAAUUGUACGAUAAUGAUAGAUUGGAUUGUAACCGAGCCUUAUGCAUUGGUUGAACUUUCUUUUCUGCCUGCACAAAAGAUAUUUCAGUGAAAGUUUAGUACUCGUUCGUACAACAGCUGACCCAUUGAUUUCCUCUCGAACACAGUUUCGCAUUAGUUUAUUCUAGCUAUUUUUUAAUUCAUUGUUUAUCAUGGACUCUUUUAAAUUAUUCUUUUUAUUGCUCCUCAGACAUGAUAUUAAAUAUCGAUAUAUAUUAUUUUGGAAUAGUGUUCAAAUUUGAAGAGAACAGAUUUACUAUAAAUAAAUAAAACCAUAGAUAUCAUGUUUUCUUAAAUUUAUUAAAUUUUCUUAAAUUAAUUUAUAAUAAUUAUUCAUUUACAUGUAUUAUAUUUCUCUAGGGAUAUCUUACAAGAAUUGUUGGCUUAUAUCGCUAUAUAUAUGUCAUUUUGAUAAAUAUUUGCAACAGAUAUUUGAAAACAAAAAUAAUUUUUUAAUCUUUUUAUUAAUUUGAAUUUAUGAUGAUUAAUAAAUGAGACAAUUUGAGAUGAUUGAUAAUAAUUUUAUUUGAUGGAUUAUUAUUAUUAUUAAUAUAAAUAAAAUAAAAUAUAUGUUUUUAAUAUAAAUAUAACGAUGCAUUAAAAAAACAAAGAAUUUUUCAAAGAGAAUUAUCAAAAGAUAUUGAUAAUUGACAAGUUAAUUCGUCUUUCUUGACUUUAAUAAGAUUAAAGAAUCUUGAUUUGAUUUGAGAUAUGACAAGAAGCAAUAUUGGAUUGUUCAUUUGAAACCUUAUAAUUAUUUGUCAAAGUAUUAAUUGCAUAUUCAGUUUUUUAUAUAAUAUUUCAAGAAAAGAAGAAAUUUAUAAGUCACUCGAUUUAAUAAUUAUCCAUUCGUAAACUGUUAUCCAAUAAACGUUUGAUGUAAAUUGUAAUAAAAAUGUAAAUCUGAAAACGUGAUAUUUUUAAUACUUAUUAACGAGAUAUUGAAAAGAUAAGAUAUUUAAAAAAGUGUUAAAAUUUAAAUGUUGGAACGAUGAAUUAACAUGUUUACUUCGUACUCGAUAUUUUAUAUUUUUACUGUAUAUUUACAACAGAAUAUUUAUAACAGAACAUAUAAAUAGCUUAUAAAAAGUGAUAAAAAAAUUCCUAUCAGCAGCGAACGUGUUAACGCCAAGUUAAAGUGCAGUUUGUUAAAAGUGCUUUCAUUAUCAUGGAUAUCUCAACUUCGAGCGGUUUACGAAAGAAUGAUAAUUUUUAAGCGAUCAGGAAAGGAUCUAUUCGAUAAUUGAUCGAUCGAUAGCGGGGAUUUAUUUCGAAACGUUUGUGUGAAGAAAAGUGAAAAUGUCACAUUUUCGAUUGAAAAGUCGGAAAAAUUCAACCGAUUCAACGACAAGUAAGAAAUCGAGACAGAUUUCGAGCCAUGGAGAGUAUCGAGGGAUUCAAUUCACUUUAUUGAAGAGCCAUUUUCACGAGACCUUGCAUCGGACUGACUCGAUGGUAUCGCUCUGCUACCGAUCUCUUGCCAGCUAUAUCACAGAUGAUAAUCUCGCUGGUCUUCAAAAUUUCCUCGAGAAUAAAAGAGUGCAGAUCGAUGACCGAGAUGAGAAUGGUAGCACAGCCCUCAUCCUUGCAGCAACUAAGGGGAAAAUACAUUUUGUGCGAGAGCUCAUCAAUCAUGGAGCGGAUGUCAAUGCGGAGGACGGGGAUAAUUGGACAGCGUUACUUUGCGCGGCCAAAGAAGGACACACGGAUGUGUGCCUUGAGUUACUCGAGCAUGGUGCUGAUUUGGAACACAGAGACAUGGGAGGAUGGACAGCACUUAUGUGGGCGACCUAUAAGGGUAAAUCGCCGACGGUGACGAUGUUGCUAACACGAGGGGCUGACGUCAAUGCACACGGAAAUUUUCAUAUAUCUUCGUUGUUAUGGGCCGCAGGGAGGGGUUACCCUGAUAUUGUUAAGGAUCUCAUUGCUCAUGGUGCUAAAGUCAAUGUUGGUGACAAGUAUGGUACUACGGCAUUGGUAUGGGCGUCACGUAAAGGACAUGUAGAAAUUGUAGAUACACUUUUAAAAUCUGGUGCUAAUGUAGAUACUGCUGGCAUGUAUUCAUGGACAGCUCUUCUUGUGGCCACUCUUGGAAAUCAUGUGGAUGUAGUAUUACUUCUCUUGGAGCAUAAACCAAAUGUGAAUGCGCUAGAUAAAGAUGGUUGUACGGCUUUGGCAAUAGCAUGUCGAGAAGGGCAUCAUGAAAUAGCAAAUGCGCUUUUAAAUGCUGGUGCUUAUGUAAAUAUUCAAGAUAGGGCUGGUGAUACAAAUCUAAUUCAUGCUGUAAAAGGCGGUCAUAGAGGGGUGGUUGAAUCUCUUUUAAAAAAAUAUGCUGAUGUUGAUAUUGCCGGCAAGGAUAAAAAGACAGCAACUUAUAUAGCAGUAGAGAAAGGAAAUAUACAAAUAUUGAAGUUGUUACUAAAUGCUAAUCCAGAUUUAGAGAUUGCGACAAAAGAUGGCGAUACUCCGUUAUUACGCGCAGUUAGAUCACGAAAUGCUGAAAUAGUGCAAUUAUUAUUAGAUAAAAAAGCUAAAGUAUCAGCCACUGAUAAAAAGGGGGAUACAGUAUUACACAUAGCUAUGCGAGCAAGAUCGAAAGCCAUUGUCGAAAUAUUAUUGAGAAAUCCGAAAAAUAGUCAACUACUUUACCGUCCAAAUAGACAAGGAGAAACUCCUUAUAAUAUCGACAUUAAUCAUCCAAAGACAAUUCUUGGACAAAUAUUUGGUGCACGGCGUCUUAAUACUAAUGAAGAUAAUGAAAAUAUGCUUGGUUACGAUUUGUACAGUAGUGCAUUAGCGGAUAUCCUUAGCGAACCAUCAUUAUCGACGCCUAUAACUGUUGGUCUUUAUGCAAAGUGGGGUUCGGGGAAAUCAUUUCUGUUAAACAAGUUGAGAGAGGAAAUGAAAAAUUUUGCGCGUCAAUGGAUAGAUCCUGUAUUUCAGUUUUCUUUCUUACUCUUCAUUGUAGUAACUCACGUAUCUUUAUUAGUGGGUAUUACUAUAGGUCUUGCUCUUCAAUCAUGGAUUAUUGGUCUUGCCUGCGGUAUAAGUCUUAUUUUUAUUACAUAUGUUUUUUUGAUACUUGUUUGGUAUGCUAAUAAAAGAUACGAUUGGUAUUGGCCAUACAGUUUUACAGUAGCUCUAACUACAAAAUUAAAUUCAUUGAAAUUACUAUUACAAGUAAUUUUUUGCCAUCCUCCUGGUGGCCAAGUUCACGAUGGUGUUACUGUUCAACCAAUAAAAUUCUAUUUCACUGAUCAGACCCGAGUCGGUACGACUGCUGCUGGAGAGAAUGCAGUAGUACAAAUGGUAGGAUCUCUUUAUGACUCCAUCGAAAAUGAUUUUGGUUCUUUAUCUACACGACUAUACAGAGCAUUCAGACCAAAACCAGAUAAGUCAAGAACAACGUGGAAAUGGAGACAUCUUUGUUGUUUGCCAUACAUAGUUAUAUUUGAAUUCUGCUUUUGCAGUUUACUUGUUGGUAUCUCUGUACUUACAGUCUACCUCAUCGAUAUUUCUAGCAGCGAACCAACAAUAGAAAGAGUUACGGCACACAUAAUUAUGAUAACCGUUGCCUUAAUAUUAGCUAUUAGUAUAAUAGCAAACUUAUAUACAUGGAGUCGAACAUUACAAGCGCUAGUUUUCUCUCAAAGACGACAUCUACAACGCAGCAUUUCUAAAUUAGAGACUUUAAAAAGCGAAGGUUUUAUACAAACAUUAAGAAGCGAAGUCAAUUUAAUGACAGAUAUGGUUAAAUGUCUAGAUAGUUUUAUGGCACAACAAAGCAGAUUAGUAAUAAUUGUGGAUGGUUUGGAUAGUUGUGAACAAGAUAAAGUGUUAUUAGUUUUAGAUGCUAUACAAGCAUUAUUCAGUGAUAAUGGUUAUCCAUUUGUUGUUAUAUUAGCAAUUGAUCCACAUAUUAUUGCUAAGGCAGUAGAAAUCAAUAGUAGAAGAUUAUUCACAGAAUCUAAUAUUGGAGGGCAUGAUUAUUUACGUAAUAUGGUUCAUCUUCCAUUUUAUUUGCAAAAUAGUGGUUUGCGAAAAGUAAAAGUUGCUCAACAAACUGCCCAACAUACUAGAAAAACUACAUGGACCGAAGCCGAAGAAAGCGUUAAUUAUACUGCAACUAGUACGAUGCAUCAUUCUGUUUCUAAUAGAAGACUUAGUACAGAAUCUGCUAUAAUGAAUAGCAAUGAAAAAUUGAAACCACAAAGUAGAAAAGGAAGUAGAAAAUUGCGAUUAAGCGAAUCAGUCGCUAGUAGUAUUGGUAGUAACUUAAAUCGAUUAGGCGGAGCUCAGGAUCUUAAUAAAAUGCUUCUCACUGACGAUUAUUUUAGCGACGUUAAUCCCCGUAGUAUGAGAAGAUUAAUGAAUGUCGUUUAUGUCACUGGGAGAUUAUUAAAAGCAUUCCAAAUUGAUUUCAACUGGUAUCAUUUAGCUAGUUGGAUCAAUAUUACUGAACAAUGGCCAUUUAGAACAUCUUGGUUGAUUCUUCAUUAUGAUAUGUAUGAAGAUAGUUUAGAUGAUUCCAUGUCGUUAAAAAAUCUUUAUGAUAAAAUACGACCCCAAAUUCCGGUGCUUAAAGAAGUUCAACCUUUAUUAGAAAUGGAUAGGGAUGAACGUAAAUUGGACAUUUUUUUGACAUUUCAUCGUUCCAGUUUACUUGUUAGUGAUAUGAAAAUAUUCUUACCAUUCACAAUAAAUCUCGAUCCUUAUAUUAAGAAAAAAAUAAAAGAGGAACAACAAAGUAUGGAAGAAGAAACAGGACAUGGCCCAUAUAAACAAUAUAGUCCUUGGACUUUACAUAGUAAUACUCAUGAAUUGUGGAAUGCAAAUAGAAAUGGUUUAGCAAGUCGUACAAUGAAAUCUAUUAAAACGCCAAGUAUACAAGGACAAAUAGGACCAGUGCCAUCAACAUCAUCAUGGAUACAACCAUGUAUGCAACCAACAUUUGACUGGCAGACAUCACCGUGGGUGCAAAUAUCUUCUAUGGAACCAGUAAUUAAACCACUUUCUGCAACUUCAAGCUUACCGUCCGAGAUUUUGGAGAUAAGACUUUCUUCUUUAACAGUAAACGGAAUUUGCGAUCUUAUUGAUAGAAUCGAGAAUAUAAAUCCUAAUCAAGCACCACAGUACAAACAAGUUAUUAAAGAAAAUAACAUUAAUGGUAGAGUUUUAUUACAUUGUGAAUUACAAGAAUUAAAAAAGGUUCUUAAAAUGGCUUUCGGAGAUUGGGAAUUAUUUCGUAUGGUAAUUGUAUCUCUUAGAGAAUUAGAAAUUUCAUCAUUUAGCACACAUGAAGAAGGUCCACGAAGUGUUCGAUUUACUGUAGGAACAGAACAAAUUCCACGAAAAGAUCAUACUUUGCAAAAUACUUCGAUACGCGUACCAACUCAUGUUGAAAAAGAUAAAACAACUUCAAGAACUGAUGGUCCUCCUAGACGAGAUCAAACUAAGCAAUCAAUUAUGGAAAAACAAGUAACUUUAGAGGAACAGAUGAUUUGUGGAGCAUUACAAACUUUAAAUGAAGAAGCGUGCGAAGAUGUAUUAGAUGUACCAUCUUCUGCAGUAGUACCAUCAGACUCACUCUCAGGGUCCAUCUCAACGGCUCCUCAAGAUACAGAUUAUGUGAUACUUCAACCUAAUCCACUUUUGCAUUGGGUGCCAGUCAAUGAUGAACCAGAAACGUCAGACGACAGUUCAUUUGAAUCAACAGUUCAUCUUCAACGUACAAAUUCACAACGUAGUAUUACAUCUCAACUUAGUACUAGAUCAGCUUGUUCGUUUGGACGUAAAGAUUUAAAAAAAAGUGGAGCCAAUUCCACUAGUAGUAGACCUGCAUCACUUUUUGUAUCACCUCCACCUUCUCCUAGACCUGCUUUCAGAUCUAAAUCAACAGAUGAAAAUUAUGUAGUUAAUAAUAUGCCCAUGAAAUCGACUAUCUCCACACCUAUCAAGAAACGACGCUCAACGUCAACAUUAAAUGAUGAAAUAGUUUUAUCAGUCCCUGUUCCAAAUUCCAGCUUAGAAAAAUUAAGCAAACUGAAAGAUCGUCUUAUGGGAACAUUACCUGUCUCACCUGCUCCAGGAGAAAGCGAAGAUGAAUCUACACCGUUAGUUUCCGAAUUAUCUACUCCAACUCAUUCACAAUCUGAUAGUGUAUUUAGACAUGACUGCAGUGAGGAAAACAGUAGUUCUAUUUCUUCUAAUAAAAGUUUACCUCGUGAUGGAGAACGAUCUAUUGAUAUUGUUGAUUAUUCUGAUACAGUUAGUUUAAUGGUACGUGAGUCUUCGCAUGUGCAAUUUUUAUCACGUCAAGAUGUCGAAGAAUGGGACAAUCCAGAAACACCUGUUUGAUAUCUUCUGCUACAUAAUUAUUAGUAAGUCUCGAUAUACUAUUAUAUAAUAACAUACACUAAUAUAUAAUAGAAAAAAAAACCUUCAAUCAAGUCGUACUUAAAUCGUUUGUGAUAUAUAUUUUGAAAGAUAGUCAGGCAAUUCAGAAUUUCACUUUGUAUAUAGCAAAUAAAAGAUGUUGAACUUUUUAGAUAAAGUAUUUAAAGGUGUUCAUGCAUUAUAAAGUUAUGCAUUAGAAAGAACAAUGACAAUGCUGACAAAUAAUGCCUUUUAUGCAACAUAUGUAGAUAAUUUAAGUUUUAUAAAAGAUAUGUUUAAUCAUUGUAUCGUAACAUUCCUUCAUAAUAAUUUUAAUGCAUUUAAUCCUAGCUUAUUAGUUUAUUAAAAAGAAACUGAUAAACCAGAAGAUGUUUUUAUUUUAUUAUAAAUAUAUUUUGAAAAAUUAAUUCAAAUCAAUUCAUAAAAAUGAAAUUAAAUACAGAUAAAUAAACAUUUAGUAUUUUACAUAUAUAAAUAUAACAUAUUGUAAAUAUAAAAAAAUGUCAUAUUUACUAUCCUAUUUGACUCAUAUCGCCUGAUACUAAUUUUAAAUAUUAAUUGUCAAAUAUUAUGAGUAAAUACAUAUUGAUGAUUUAUGCAAUGAUUGAUAUUAUAAAUUCAACAAGAUAUUUUAUAAUAAUCUGUGUUAGUAACAUGUAAGUUCUCUCUUUUGCAUUGUUCUUAUUAUCGCGUGCGUUUAAUAUAAAGUUAUAGAAAUUUUGAAAUCAGAAAAUAAUUAUUACUUUUCAAUUUGAGAAAUAGAAUUAUUUAUAUUAUUGAAGAAUAAUUUAUAUGUUAAUUUUUAUUAUUUGAAUAUAUAAAUUUUUACUGAAAUUUUUUUUAUAAUUUUGUAGUAGUAUUUAGUUAUGUUAUAAAUUUUUAUUUUAAAGCUUAUAAACUUAUGAAGACAGCAUCAUUUUUACAGUAUUUUUAAUAAUUAAAUGCCUAGUUCAUAAAAUAUAUAAAACAUGAAUUAAAUAUAUCUUUGACAAAUCUAUAAUAUAAUUUUUUAAUAAUAUCUUUUUUAUUACAAAGCGAAAAAUUAUACAUAUGUAUAUAACAAUGUAUGUAUAUAUAUAUAUAAUAAUACUUUAGGACGGAAUACAUUAGGGUAUCAAUUGAUAAUAGCAUUGUAAAACACAAAUAACAUAUAUAUUAGAUUUUCAAAUAAUAAUAUUAUGUGUACUCUGCUUAUUACUAUUAAAUAUAGUAUAUUUAAAUACAUAAAACAUCGAACAGCGCCUUAUUCUCAUCAUAAAUGCUUAUAUAUGAAAUACAAUAAGUACUUUAACAGCCUUUUGUAAGUCGUCGAAAUGAGUUCUAUUUUUAUAAUUUAUAUUUUGAGAAACAUAUUUCAUGUCUUUUAAAUGCAUUACAUAGAACAAAUUUCGUAAUACAAUAAAUUAAUCAGAUUUCUAAAUAUGAAACAAUAUUUUUUAUCAAACUAGUCAUUGUUCUUUUGUUUGAAAAAAUUCUUACAGUAUUUUCUCAAAAUAUUUUUAAUUCAUUGUAUUACAAUCUUAAAAGACAUAUUUUUUUUAUAAAAUACUGAUAUGUUAGUUACAAAUAUUAAAACUACAUAAACAAUAAUAAAAACUAUAAAAAAGAAAACAUUUUGGCGGUAUAAUAUGUUUACAUAACAUGAUAAAAAAUUAGAUUAUCAUAAGUACAAACAUAUUGAAAUAUAAAUUGUAAAUUUUUUUCUAUGAAAGAUGCAAUACAUCAUUGAUCCCGCCUAAUUUUUUAUAAAUAAAAAUUGAUAAAAAAAAUUAUCUUUUAUGAAAUGAUUAUAUUUAUAAUGUAAAUAUCUUUAGGAUAAAGUUAUUUUUAAUAAAAUGUUUUAUGGUAAAUAAAAUAUAAAUCGAUAGGAAUGAGCAUAAAUUUCAAUAGUGAUAUUUGUUUUUCAUUGUCAUCAAAGGCACUAUGGCAAGUAUAAAGUAUUAUUUAAAUAUUAUAUAAAUACUUUUAAUUAAACUAUCAUUUAUCUAGGCACCAAGAAUUUAUUUGCAAAUUUGAAAUAAUAUAUAAGGUUUUUCUAAUUAUGCAUAAUAUAUAAUUAGCUAUGAGAAACUUGAAAAAUAUAAAAAUUAGAAAAUAAAUCAAUUUAAUAAUAGUAGGAGCACCAUAUAUUAUUUAUUUUUUAAUAUAUGUGUAAUGUGUGUUCUUAUUUAUGUAAUGAUGCAAAAUCAUUUAAUUUUUUAUAAAAAUUAUAAAACAAUAAAUAUAGAACAUACAUAAAUAAUUUGCAUGGCAUGAAUUGAUAUUAUAUUAAAAUAAAACAAUUAAUGGCAUAGAUAAAAUACAAAAUAAAAUUUUUGUAACAUAUUGUACUUAGUAAAAACUAUGCAUAAUUUUUAUAUUAAAGAGUAUUAACAUAAUUGCCAAAUAAUAUAUUUUAUACAUUUAGAAAAAUUUUUUAUAAUUUGAAAAUAUAUCUUAUUAUAAAAAAAAAAUACCAAGAAAACAAUAAUCUAAUUUUCUAAUUAGAAAUUACAUUUAGGUAAUUUAUAUUUUUAUUUUGAUUUCUCAAAGAAUUCAUAUAAUUUAUUUAAAUUAAGAGUUAAAAUCAAAUAAAAUACUUACAUGAAUGUAAAUUAUUUAUAAUUUGCAAAAAAUACAAAUACAAA